UAUCUCUCUACUCCAAAUGGAGACUCUUGUUUCUUCUCAAGUCACAAAAGUUCUUCCAUCUAUAAAAACCAUUUGUGUUCUUGGUGGUUCUAAACUUGUAGCUUCUUCUCAAAAUAUUGAUAUUGUAUCCCAACUAGUAAGAGAACUGGGAAAACAAAAGAUCAAUUUACUCUAUGGGGGAACUAGCCUCACUUUCUUUGGUAGCCUUCUCUUGGCUGGAAAAGGCUUUGAUAUUGAAGUGAAAAGUGUUCUACCAUUCCACAAAACUCCUUCAAAAGUUCUCAAAGAUUCUACCAGUCUAAUGCUUUCUAACUCUAUUUAUGAUUGCACUAUGCUCAUGGUGAACCAUAGUGAUGCUUUCAUUAUACUUCCUGGUGGUUAUGAGACUUUAAUGACCAUGUUUACUAUUGCUUCUUGGGCUGACAUGAAACUGCAUAAUAAACCCAUUGGUCUAUUAAAUUCUCAUCAUAUCUUCAAUGGCUUUAUUG